CUAUUCAGAAGAGACAAAAAAGAACACACUGUAAAAGAAAUGCUUCUUUCAAUUCUGCUCCUGCCCUUGGCUGCUGUGCUGCAUCCAUCUCUAGGAGAGGAUUACUCAGGCAUAGUGAGCGAUCUCACUGAAGAGAUGAAGACAGAAAUUCUUGACAACUUUAAUGCCGUUAGAAGAGGGGUGCAGCCAACUGCCAGCAAUAUGGUGAAGAUGACAUGGAGUGAGAGAGCUGCUGAGACUGCUGAAAUAUGGAUCAGGAAAUGUCAACCAAAAAGGUUUCCCAGAGAUGAGCGAAUGGUGGAUGGAAUCUUAUGUGGUGAGACUAGGAUGCAAGCAACUUAUACCCUCUCCUGGUCAGAAGUAAUCAACACAUGGAAUAAAAAAGCAUCUAACUUCCAGUAUGGAGUUGGAGCUAUUAACACAAAUAUAAACAUUUAUUUUUAUACUCAGAUGAUUUGGUAUAAUUCACAUAAGGUUGGAUGUUCACUUGCCUUCUGCAACGAUAAUAAGUACGAAUUUGUGUAUGUGUGCCUUUACUGCCCUGUGGGAAAUAUAGCAGAGAAAGUUGCAACGCCCUACAAAGAAGGCCCAUCUUGUGAAGAUUGCCCUCACAGCUGUGAGAAUAAGCUCUGUACUCAGCCAUGCGAGUAUUAUGAUGAAAACGUGUACUGCGAACAGAUGAUAAGGUUGUUCGCCUGUGAACACAAAGUUAUGCAAGAUAUGUGUAAAGCCACUUGUAGAUGCCCAUCCGGGAUCAUGUAAGACACAUGAGCAAUGGAAGAUUGAUUUUAAUAUGACUGUUUUUACUGAAGAAAACAGAAAUUCAGCAUUAAAAGGAAACUUUCCCCCCCUAAACUUGGUCAAAAUUUUGAAUUUAAAAUAAUUGCUGUAAAAAAGGGCAUUUCCAAGAGUCAUUUGCAAAGAAGACAACUUUAUCAACUCCUCUUAUUAUUAUUUAUAUAUUAUGCUGCUUUAGAAAAUGUUUUGAAUCCUUCAAACCUAAACAUUUGAACAUUGCAAAAAUAUUCAAUAAUA